AUGGUCCACAUAAAUCAAACAGGCACAUCCUUAAAACAAUUCGAAAAAAUUUUUAAUAAUGUGAAUUUCACUUACUUUAUUGUAGCACCAACUUGUCAGGAUCUAAUUAAGAAUCAAGACGAAACUGAUAUUGAUUGUGGUGGUACAGAAUGUUCUGAAUGUUCACUCAAUAAAGCUUGUUUGGUCAAUUCGGAUUGUUUUACUAACGAAUGCAGUACAAGUUCGAAGAUAUGCACAGUGAAGUCUGGUAUCACACAUGGAGGUGGUGGAGGCUCACCUUUUAACGAUUUAAAUGUGAUCGGUUCAUAUGGAAGAACUAUUCCCACAUCAAUCAUUGUAAGAAGUGGUAUCUUAAUCGAUGCCAUUCAAAUGACCUAUGAGACGAGUAAUCAAACACAAGGUUCAGUAGUCACACAAGCACCCGUAAGAGGUAGGGCUAGUGGAACACAGCACCAAUUCGAUCUACUUCCUGGCGAAAGAAUCGUGAAAGUUAACGGACGUAGUGCAGGGACAGUUAUUGGUCUGCAGUUUACAACAAGUACAGGAAGAGUAAGUUCCUAUUAUGGUGGUUCUGAUGGCACAGCAUUUACCGAAGAGUAUUCUGGUUAUGUUUUAUCGUAUAUAAGUGGCCGAUGCGCAGAUGCAUUAGAUCAAAUACAGUUUCUUUGGAUUCGCGGAUGA